AUGGCCACUUUUGUCGUUCUCGGAGGCACUGACAACCUCGGCUACUUCGUCAUCAAGACUCUCGUGGAGGAGUACAAGGACGCCUACCCCGCUGUCCGCUUCACAACCCGCGACCCGACCUCCGCCAAGGCGAAGGAGCUCGUCGCACUCGGCGCACACGCCUUCGCGUUCACCGACCCCCUGGACACGGUUCUCUCCGGCGCCGCCGUCGUGGCGAACAUCGUCCCCUCCUCGACGGAGACGACGCUCCUCCCGGAGCUUGUCCCCGCCCUGAUUCGCAACGGGGUCCAGGUCUCCUUCCCGUCCGAGUUCGCAUCCGACCUCCGCAACGUCGACUUCCCGGGGUACGAACACCCAGAGUGGACGACCAACCGCGCGAACCGCGCGACCGCCAUUGAGCUCGCUAAAGGGUCCGACCUCGUCGUCAUCCCUGUCACCACCGGGAUCUUCAUGCCCUGGGCCGCGCACAUGUUCGUCGACUGGACCAGCAGCAGCACGACCGGUUACACCUCGGGCAAGCGCAUACAUCGCGCGGCGCUCGCGCGGCUCGCGGAGCUGGCCCGCGACCCCGCGACGCGUGCGAGCGUGCCCGGUGCCGAGGACGGCGUGCGGAUCGCGGGCCAGUUCAUAGGGAGCGCGGAGGUCGCCGAGGCGGUCAAGAAGGCCAAGGGCCUGGACCUCAAGGUCACCCCGUUCGACGCGAAGCAGGCGAGGGAGACGCUGAAGGCGAUCUACCCGCCGAAGGCGCUGUCGGCUUUCUUGCUGUAUGCAGGGAUACUCGUCGAGGAAGGGCUUUCGGACUACUCUGCCGACUGCCACAACGAGCUGGUCAACCCUGGAGAGAAGUUCUGGAAGUGGAAGACUUUCGAAGACCUGUUGCGCUCCACGUGA